UCUUCAUUUUUCCUUACCACUCUUCACAUCUGGCUGACUGGCCCAUCACAUUAUUUUCCUAGUUAAUGUGGAAACUGGUCCCUUGGCUUGGUGUAGAUGACAGUGCACCAGAUGAUUGGUAAAAUGUAGAGUGAAUGCAGAGUUGUCAGGUCUUUAACAAUGCUUCUGUUGGGGGCUACUAUCCAAUUUGUAGACCCAAAGGAACUGCGGAUGGUAUAAUGGAUAGAGGCACACGUAUGUCUUGAGUUAUUUGUUUGUUUGUUUGUUUGUUUUUUUAGAUCGCAGUGUCUCCAUCAGUAAAAUGGGAAUGUUAUCCCUUCACUUUCUGUUUGAAUGUUUGAGGCUUAGGGACUUGAAGUCCAGAUGAUAUCUGACUUAUGGUGGUUUGAUUUAAUUUUUUUUUUUUUUAACUUUACAGUGGUGCUAAAGCAGUAUGCAUUCAGUGGAAACUUUUAGAAUUUUGAAUUUCGGUCGUGUCCUGGGCCAGCGAUAUGUGGCCCAAAUAUUUUCUCAUGUUGCUGAGCGGUGGCAAUGAGCCAUAACUCCAGUCAGUGAGCCGUAACUCCCAGUCAGCCAUUUGAUCAUGAGCGUAAACCAGUACUCUUCAGUGUACUGUCUUUAAUAAAUUAUAUGCAAUAUUCAACACUUUAUUAAAAAUAGGCUUUGUGUUAGAUGAUUGUGCACAAUUGUAGGCUAAUGUAAGUGGUUUGAGCCUAUUUAAAGUAGGCUAGGCUAAGCUAUGAUGCUCGGUAGGUUAGGUGUAUAGUGCUUUUUUUAUUUUCUGGAGACAGGGUCUUGUGCUCUGUUGCACAGGUUGGAGUGCAGUGGUGUGAUCUUGGCUCACAGCAGCCUUGACCUCCUUGGCUCAAGUGGUCCUCCCACCUCAGCCUUCUGAGUAGCUGGGACUACAGGUGCACGCCACCAUGCCUAGCUAGUUUUCUUUGUUUUUUGUAGAGACGAGGUCUUAUGUUGUCUAGGCUGGUCUCAAACUCCUGGACUCAAGCAGUCCUUCCACCUUGGCCUCCCAAAGUACUGGGGUUAUAGAUGUGAGCCACCAUGUUCAGCCUGUAAAUGCAUUUUUAACUUAUAAUACUUGCAACUUAUGAUGGUUUUAUUGAGACUUAACCCCAUUAUAAGUCAAGGAGCAUCUGUAGUCUCUUGGACUUAUUAUUGGCAGAGGCCCACUUCUAAAACCAUGUUUAAUUCUGGAAUGUAAUCCAAUAAACACUUGAUAGAUAUUAAUAGUUGUACCAAAAUAUCAGUGUGGAAAAAUGGAAUUUUGCUUUGGUAAUAAGGAAUUGAGAAUCUUGGGGUUGGAAGGUAGUUUCAAGUAUCUCUAGUGCAUUUAGGCAUCUGGGGUUAGAUUUGGAGGGUACCCUUGACCCUCCUGGCUCUGCUUUGGUAUUCCCUGAGGAGGAAAGAAGGUUGGAGCUAAUACAGAAAGCUGAUGAUCAAUAGGUGAUAAUAGAUUAAGGGAAAAAAACUUCAACAUGUUUUGAGCACUUCAACAGUGUUGCUUUGGUUAAUUUUUUUUUUUUUUUUUUUUUGAGAUGGAGUCUCGCUCUGUCGCCAGGCUGAGUGCAGUGGCAUGAUCUUGGCUCACUGCAACUUCCGCCUCCUGGGUUCAAGCAAUUCUCCUGCCUCAGCCUGCAAGUAGCUGGGACUACAGGUGCACGCCACCAUGCCCAGCUAAUUUUUGUAUUUUUAGUAGAGAUGGGGUUUCACCAUGUUGGCCAGUAUAGUCUCAAUCUCUUGACCUCAUGGUCUGCCUGCCUCGACCUCCCAAAGUGCUUGGAUUAUAGGCGUGAGCCACCACGCCCUGCUGCUUUGGUCACUUUUAUAUGAGUAUGUUGCACAAUGAGAGAAAAACCAUCAGUUUUUCAAGCAAGAAAGUGGGAAUAUCCUCUUCAACAACUGUUCCUAACUUUAUUUUUGAAUUUAGGAUUUCAGCUAAAGUAUUGCUAUUGUCUCUUGAUUUCUUAAGCUUUAAAUUUUUACCACAAUGAGAUUAUGGAUAAAUAGCUACUAUAACUCAAGCAGUAUGUUAUGUACUAGGAACCAUGAUAGAAAAAUCAUAGUUCCUGUCCUCAAGGAUCUUACAGUUCAGUGCAAGAUACAGAUAUGAAAAUUAAUCAUGGGAAUAAAUUAUGGCAAGGGCUGUGAGAGGGGUUUGCAUAGAGUACUACAUAAGCCCAGAGGUGGGAUAGCCAACUUAGGGCAGCACUCCUACAAUGAUGAAGUCUUUUUUGUUGUUGUUGAGACAGAAUCUCGCUCUGUCGCCUAGGCUGGAGUGCAGUGGCAUGAUCUUGGCUCACUGCAGCUUCCGCCUCCUAGGUUCAAGGAAUUCUCCUGCCCCAGCCUCCCAAGUAGCUGGGAUUACAGGCGAGCACCACCAUACCUGGCUAUUUUUUGUAUUUUUAGUAGAGACAGGGUUUUGCUGUGUUGUCCAGGCUCAUCUUAAACUCCUGAUCUCAAGUGAUCUGCCUGCCUUGGCCUCCCAAAGUGCUGGGAUUACAGGCGUGAGCCGCCGUGCCCAGCUGCACACUGAUGUCUUAAAGGCUCUGAUAGGAAUUUACAAGUUGAAAGAUGGGAAUAUGUUAUUCUUGGCAGAUGGAACAGCAUAUGCUAAGGAAAAGACAUAAAGUUCGUAGAAAGUAUAAUUGACCAUGCGCUAGACACCUGAAAACUAAAUAUUCAAAACAGCUAGGAAAUGCGUAAGCGCCAAGUCUCUUUCUGGUUAUCAUACCUCAUGACCACAGAGUUGCACAACUCCAGGGGUACCAUUUACAAUGUCAGCAAUGUAAGGUGGUCCUCCCUAGAGCAAAAUGUAGAUCAUAUUGUGAAAGGAGGCCCUUUGGAGAUGUACAAAUUGAUAACCUUGCUCUGUGCUAACUUUUCUCACCCGAAAGUUGGGAAAUUUUCAGUUUUCUUCUUUGGAGAAUCUAUAAGAUUUCUUCAGAUUUUUUGUUUUUAAAAUAUACGUUGGGGGGUGCAGCCGUGAGAGAGUGAGGCUGACACCACGCCCUGGCCUGUGCAUCCCGCCCUCCGAAAAAAAAAAUUAAUUAAUAAAAAUAAAAUAUACUUUAGAGAGGAUUUUGAAUGUUCUCACCACAAAGAAAUGACAAGUGUUUGAGAUAUGGAUAUGCUAAUUAUUUUGAUUUCAUCAUUACACAAUGUAUACGUCUAUCAGAACAUCACAGUAUACUCCAUAAAUAUGUACACUUAUAUGUCAAUUAAAACAAAACUAAGACUGCUAGGGACUUACGCGGAGGGAAUUGAGCCAGCGUCACCACAAUGUUGUUGUUGGAGAGCGAGGAGUUCCUGACGGAGCUGACCAGACUUUUCCAGAAGUGCCGGAUGUCGGGCAGCAUCUAUACCACCUUGAAGAAGUAUGGUGGGCGAACCAAACCUGUUCCAAAGAAAGGUUCUGUGGAGGGCUUUGAGCCCUCAGACAAGUGUCUGUUAAGAGCUAUCGAUGGGAAAAAGAAGGUCAGCACUGUGGGGAGCUCCAAGCAAGUGAAUAAGUUUCAGAUGGCUUAUUCAAACCUACUGAGUGCUAACAUGGAUGGGCUGAAGAAAAGGGACGAAAAGAACAAAAGUAAGAAGACCAAAGCAGCAGCACAGUAAAGGGCACAAAUUUCCUGCUUUCACCUAUUAACUAUUGAAUUGUUAUUUUUUCCUUUGGUUUUUACUUUUGGCCACAUAGCUAGGUUUCUGGUUCCCCUACCCUAGGUGUUUUCACAUAAGAUGUAGGAUCCUUUUGCAAAGAAUAGUUGCAAUGUUUAUAGGGUAGUUGUGGUAAGAAUCUAGUUUAUUUUACAUUUGGCUAAUUGGUCUGUACUGCAUGGUUAUAUACUCCUGGAUUAUAGAUUAAAAGUCUGUAGUCAUCUCUGAAGAGCAAGCUAUGAUUAAACAUGCCUCUUUAUAAAAAAAAACACACAAAAAAACUAAAACAUAUCUACAUAUAUUUUUAAAAAAUGCUUUAAUUUCAGCUUUGAAUUUCCUUCAUUUCCUUUGUCAUCAGGUUAGAGAUAUAAAAGGGCUGCUGAGUGCCUCAGAAUAGGUUUUUCCAUCCAAAAAACAAAAUGCUGCAUUCCUGCUUUACCUUUACGAAUAUAUUAUGAUUGUGCCAGAGAGGGUAAUAAGAAAAAAAAUCAGCCCCUUAAGAACGGAAAUCGUUUUGUUUGUUGUCAUAUCUUUGGUAAUAGAAUAUGUGUUUUAUGGUGGGUUAGAAAAAGGGAAGAAUGAGAGGAUGCAGUUAAUAUUUAUAAAGCACUGUGUACCACGGAUCAUGUUAAGUGCUUCACAUGCAUUAUCUCACCUAUUCCUCACCACAGUGUUAUGAGGAGUGUGCUGCUGGUAUUUUCCUUUUCAAUAGGUCAGGAAACAGGCUUGGAGAAAAUAACUUGCCCAGGAUGCUGCAGCUAGUUGGUAUGGUGGAGUGGAGUUGAAUCAAGUUCAGUCCUAAUUCCAGAACCUAAACUUAUUAACGCUGUACUACAUUACAUCUGUAUACCUGAGCUAGGCGCUUUUGCUUAUAUUUUAUUUAAUAAAUAGAUAUUUUAAGGAUUUGUUGGAUUUUGUGAAAUAUGAAGAGGAGGAGCGACAUUCUAAUAAAUUA